CACCGAUACGUCGAUCAUAAAGUUGGUCAGAUACGACGAAGUCGUCGAUGAGCCAAAAACUGCGCAUUUCAAGCGCAUCCAUGGAUGGAGCAAAUACAACCACUCUGACAUGAUCCUGUUCGACGACGACCCGUCCGCGAAAUCGCUGGAGAAGGAGCUCGGAAUCACCGUUCAGAAUUGCCCUUCACAAACAGCUUUGACGUGGGAGAUUUACGCGGCAGGGAUUGAGCGCUGGCGAGAACGGGCGAAACAACCUGUUGAUCAGCCAACGACAACGACUCUGAACAUUGCACACUUCAACGACGUCUAUCAGGUUUCAGAUCAGAAGAUUCACGUCGACGGCAAGGAAGAGACCAUCGACGUCACCAAGUUCGCGACGCUUCUGACCGACAUCACCGCAAAGUGGGAGGACAAAGGCAACGGCAGAAACGGGUUAAUAGUCUUUUCCGGUGAUAUGUUCUCUCCCUCGAUCGAGAGCUCUGUCACUCGAGGGAAACAUAUGCCAGCGAUUGCCAAUGGUUUGAGCAUCGAUAUCAGCGUCGCUGGCAACCACGAAUUCGACUUCGGUUAUCCUAGGCUCAAAGAGCUGAUCAACAAUACAAAUUUCCCAUGGCUUCUCAGCAAUAUUGUCGAUACGAACACAGGGAAAGUACCGGAGCCUAUGAAAGAAAUUCACGUCCUCGAGCGAGCCGGUCUCCGCAUCGGCCUCAUUGGUUUGGUCGAGAAAGAAUGGAUCGCCACGAUCACUGGAUGGCCCGAGAACUUCAAGUACAAGGACAUGGCUGAAGUCGGAAGGGACUUAUCCGUCAAACUUCGGGACUCAGCUGGGCAGUACAAGUGUGACAUCAUCAUUGCGCUAACUCAUUCACGAUAUCUCAAGGACAUCAAACUUGCCCGCGAGCUCUUCGCGCUUUCGCCGGCAGGUCAAGCAGCUAAGAACAUCGCCUCCGAGCACGGCGUCGAUUUGCUUUUGGGUGGCCACGAUCAUGUCUACUGGAUAUCCAAAGGUGUCUCGGGGUGGGAUGGCUUCGACCUGAAUACGUUGCAACCGGACGCCGCAGACGACCAGGGUGAUGUAUUGAUCGUAAAGAGCGGCACGGACUACCAAGAUCUCAGUGAAGUUGUUCUCACCCUCAAGGAGACGCCUGCGGGUAGCGUAAGGAGGCAAAUCAUCCACGAAAUCAAGGGACGCCGACAUGUCACAAGGGGAGGUACUGCGGUGAACGAAGCUCUGAAGGAGGUCGUCGAUAACGAGCUUUCGACCAUCAAAACCGCCAUGAAAGAGCCGAUAUGUUUCACAGAGGUACAGCUAGACGUUCGUUCCUCGUUUAUUCGUUUGAACGAGUCCGCUAUCGGCAAUUGGAUCGCGGACUGCCUCAGGCAAGCUUACGACGAAGCACUUGUCAAACUCGGCUACAGCAAAACGGAUGCUGUGAUGGUGUGCACAGGCGAUUUCCGUGGUGAUAGAGUAUAUGAGCCAGGGCCACUUACGUUCGGAGAUCUCUUGACCAUCCUCCCGUACCUGGAUCCCACGGUUGUGGUAGAGCUCGAUGCGAACACGCUGUGGGAUGCGCUCGAGUCGGGCCUAUCGCGCUGGCCAGCCCAGGAGGGGCGUUUCCCCGCGCUAUCCGGACUUCGCGUUACCUUCGACAGCAGAAAGCCUGCUGGUCAGCGAGUGCUCGGUGUAUGGCUCCUGGCAGAGAACAAGGUCAGAGCAGAUGGCACACCUGAACUCGUCGACAAGGAAGAAGUGCUGCGUACAAGCAAACGGAAGUAUCUCAUCAUGUGCGGAGAAUAUAUGGUCCAAGGAGGAGACGGAUAUGAUGUUCUGAAGGGCAGACCGCUACCUAUUCCUGCGGAGAACGGUCAAUCGAAGAGUGCGCUGAUCAGGAAGUUCCUCUUGGGUGCUCAAUUCCUCAACAAAAAGGUCAGCGAAGGUCCCAAUGCGCGCUUCGAGAACCUCGGAUCCAAGACGCGCGAUAUCAUCGGCGGGUUCGAAACCCAGUUGAAAGUCGAGCUGCCUCAGCUUUCGCUGCAGCUGCCGGACGUACCUCUGAAGGACUAUCUCGGAAAACUGAAGAUGCCAUCCCUUCCAACAAGCCCCGUUAACAUUCCCUCACUCCCAUCAAGCCCGGCGCAGAUAUCGAACGUGUGGGGUAGCGUCAAGGGUAGCGUCAAGUCGCCUUCGCUGUCGUCCAUAUCGUCGUUCGGUUCAAAUCGUUCGCGCCCGUCUCUGCCGUCCCUGAGUCCAAGUCGCGAUCUGCUGUCGGGCGCAGGCGAUUAUGUACAGUCCACGACGCAGGCAGCCAAGGAUGCCGUUCAAGACGCCGUGGUCGGUAUUCGGUGGAUAGCCUCUAGUCUGCUCUUCGCCGCCGCACUCGCCGUGGCUGACCAGGAGGACAUGGGACUUCUGGACUCAUACGAGCGAAAUAGAGCUCGUGGGCUGGCCAAUCUCCUCCGGAGCUCGACCGUCAACAUCAACUUGCGAAUGAACCUUCGCGCAUUGAGUGUUUCUGACGAUCCGGCUGCGCUGGCAGAAAAGGAGGAUGCGCAAGUGAAUGCUGCGGAGGCUGACGCGAAGAAGACACUCCCUGUCAUUCACCCUGUUGUAGAUGGGAGGCUGCAGGAUGUCGCUGCGACCAAGUAAUUUUGAUCGUAUCAGCCAUUUCGCAUAUGCAUGAACGGAGAACAAGUCAAUGCUUGCAGAUACCUAUCGCUCGAACUACAAUCACGUACUUGUCAUAUGUUGCCCAGCGAUCCCCAACGGAGGGAACGGCUAUGAGUGCGUGUAUCUGUGUUGG